UCGGAAACGCUCUUUCAGUGAAGUUGACGCCACAAAAUAAAGUGAGAAAACUGCGCCCGGAGGACCCUGAACUCCAGAGGAGCCAGAGGAAGCCGAGCAGCCGCCGACGUGGGGAGCGCCAGGAAGAGCGGAACAGUGACGAGCUUUCUGCUCCCGCCAUGGGGAAACAGAACAGCAAGCUGCGGCCCGAAGUCCUGAACGACCUGAGAGAGAACACGGAGUUCACCGACCACGAGCUGCAGGAGUGGUACCGAGGCUUCCUGAAGGACUGUCCCACCGGACACCUGACGGUGGAGGAGUUCAAGAAGAUCUACGCCAACUUCUUCCCCUACGGAGACGCCUCCAAGUUCGCCGAGCACGUCUUCCGCACCUUCGACACCAACGGCGACGCCACCAUCGACUUCAGGGAGUUCAUCAUCGCCUUGAGCGUGACGUCUCGCGGCGGUCUGGAGCAGAAGCUGCGCUGGGCGUUCAGCAUGUACGACCUGGACGGGAACGGCUACAUCAGCCGGGCGGAGAUGCUGGAGAUCGUUCAGGCGAUUUACAAGAUGGUGUCGUCGGUGAUGAAGAUGCCUGAGGAUGAGUCAACACCAGAGAAAAGGACGGACAAGAUCUUUAAGCAGAUGGACAUCGACAACGAUGGUCGACUGUCUUUGGAGGAGUUCAUCAAAGGUGCCAAGAGCGACCCCUCCAUCGUGAGGCUGCUGCAGUCGGAUCAGGGAACCUCUCGCUAGUCCAAACCACGCUCACCCGCCUGUUCUCAUCCAUUUCCCAUCAUGUCGAGCUCCGGAUUGAACAUUCCUGCUUUGCGUGAAGUGCCAUAAUUGUAUAUUUAUGACCUAACAUCAAGGAUUACAACAGAUUUCCUUUAUGCUGUUGAUUUUGCAUGUGCGCAGUUUUUUUUUUUUUUUUUGUGAAUAAAACGUCCGUGGUUUGUUUUGUUUUUUUUAUUAUUUUUGUAACAAAAAAAGUCAUGUUGGUUUCACACAAAUAAAGUCGUGUAAGAAAAAUCUA